AACUCCCCCCUCUCUCUCAAUCCCCUCUCAUUUUUCUCUUUAACACAAUUCCAUCUUUUCUUUUCACCAUGAUUUCCUCUUGGAGACAACGGAGGGCCACCCGGCGAACGGCGAGGGGCACCGGCAGUGACAUGAGAGAGCUGACGAUCCCGAGCCAUUUCCGGUGUCCAAUUUCGCUGGACAUGAUGAAAGAUCCAGUGACUUUGUCUACUGGAAUCACAUAUGAUCGUGCUAGUAUUGAGACAUGGAUUGAAGGAGGGAAUUUCAGCUGCCCCAUCACCAACCAGCCAUUACAAACCCUUGAUUCCAUUCCAAAUCAUAACAUAAGGAAGAUGAUUCAAGAUUGGUGUGUUGAAAAUAAAGCUUACGGGGUCGAGAGAAUUCCGACGCCAAGGGUUCCGGUGAGUCCCGUGCAGAUUCGGGACAUUCUCGAGAAGAUUACCGCUGCAGCACGGCGGGGGGAUGGUGACGGAUGCAAGUCGUCGGUCGAGAAGAUCAAGAUGUUGGCAAAAGAAAGUGAAAGGAACAAGAAAUGUAUUAUGGGCAAUGGAGCAAGCCAUGUGAUAUCAUCAGCAUUCCAAGCGUUGUCAAAACAAGAACCAUUGGAGAAAAGCAUAGAGAUUUUAGAAGAAAUGAUAUCAGCCAUGGCAAUCAUGUUCCCUCUCCAAGAAGAAUCCAUUAAAAACCUCAAAUCAGAAGCUUCAUUGCAAGCCCUCGUGUUGUUCAUGAAAGGAGGAGAUUUAUCAAGAAGAAGAAAUUCAAUUUUGAUAUUGAAACAAAUCAUUUCAUCAUACCCUCAAAAAGCAACAAAAUUAGGUGAAAUCCAAGGAGCAUUAGAGGGAUUAGUGAAGCUCAUAAAAGAGCCCAUUUGUUCAUCAUCAAAAAAAGCCUCACUUUUCAUAACAUAUCACAUCAUAGCUUCAUCUUCCAAUCCACAAAGAUUCACAAAAGUCCUUUUAGAAAUGGGGUUCGUCUCUUUGCUACUCGAAACGCUCGUCGACGCCGAGAGAAGCGUUUGCGAGAGGGCGUUGGGAGCGUUCGAUGGGAUUUGCGAGCGCAAAGAAGGAAGAGAAGAGGCGUACGCGCACGCAUUGACGAUGCCCGUGAUAGUGAAAAAGAUACUUCGAGUUUCGGAUUUGGCGACGGAGUUAUCGGUGUCGAUUGUUUGGAAGCUUGUAAAGCAUGAGAGUGAAGAAGAAGAUGGAAGGGCUAAAGUAGAAGCACUUCAAGUGGGAGCGUUUCAAAAGCUAUUGUUGUUGUUGCAAGUUGGUUGUAGUGAAUGGACAAAGGAGAAAGCAACUGAGUUGUUGAAACUAUUGAAUAAUCUUCAUAGGGAUAGCUUAGAAUGUAUUGAUUCAUUGGACUUUAAGGGUAUCAAAAGACCCUUUUGAAUUCA